UUUGUCAGACAAAGAUACUGGGCAGUGCAGAAAUGGUGUCUUCUUCUUCCUCCUCCUCCAUGACCACCACUGCUUUAACCCUGUUAGUGUUACUACUAAGCUUAUGCUACUUAUCAGACAAACUCCUCGCUGGAUCCGAUGCCAGCAACUCAACUACUCCGAACCAUCUUCACCACUUCAUGAACCAGAGACUCCACCAAGCUUACUUCGCCCUUCAAGCAUGGAAGCAUGUAAUCUACUACGACCCCAAAAACUUCACCUCCAACUGGAUCGGCCCCUUUGUCUGUGAUUACACAGGAGUCUACUGUGCAAACUCUCCCAGUGACCCUUCAAUCCAAGUAGUUGCAGGAAUCGACCUCAACCAUGCAGGCAUCACUGGCUUCCUUCCCGACGACCUGGGUCUCCUUUCUGACCUUGCACUACUGCACCUCAACAGCAAUCAGUUCUAUGGCUUUCUGCCAUCUUCAUUAGCUAAUCUCACCCUUCUCUUUGAGCUAGACCUCAGCAACAACAGAUUUGAAGGCCGGUUUCCCUCCGUGGUUCUGUCUCUUCCUUUUUUAAAGUUCCUGGACCUUCGUUUCAAUGAAUUUGAAGGGCCAUUGCCUCCUGAGCUCUUUAACAGAGAUCUGGAUGCAAUAUUCGUCAACAACAAUCGCUUCACCUCUGUUCUUCCAUCCAACUUGGGUGGAAGUAAGGCAUCAGUGGUGGUGUUUGCCAACAACAACCUAGGGGGAUGCCUUUCACCAAGCAUUUCCAAGUUAGCGAAUAGCUUGGAGGAGCUGUUGUUGAUUAACACCAACUUGUCUGGUUGUCUACCUCCAGAGAUCGGGCUUCUCUAUAAGCUCAGAGUGUUGGAUGUGAGCUUUAACCAGUUCGUUGGUCCCAUACCUCACAGCGUUGCAGACCUAUUUCAGUUGGAACAACUUAAUUUGGCACAUAACAACUUUAGCGGUACAGUACCUGCAGAUAUUUGUGCACUGCCGAAGUUGGCAAAUUUCACGUUCUCUUACAACUUCUUCUGUGAGGAGGAAGGGCUUUGCUGGAAUCUGACAUCCAAAGGAAUUGCUUCCGAUGAUCGCCAGAAUUGUUUACCGGAGAAGCCAUUUCAGAGGACCAAAGAAGAAUGUGAUGCAGAUCUGGAGCACCCUGUGGAGUGCCUUGAUUAUCACUGUAGCAUUGGCGGUGGUGGUCAAUCGCCUUCACCUGCACCUUCUGGCCAUUAUUAGCCAAAGAAUUACUUUUUAUAUGUUGACAUUUUCCAUGAAAA